AUGGACAAUAAUAUAACAAAUAACGAUACUUUUUCUGGCUUUUCUUUAUAUGAAAAGAUUGUUAUUGAAAAUAAGUUGAAUAAAAAUGAAUCCUCUACUAUUGAUUCAAAUAUAAAUAAUGAAAAUGGUAAUCUUCAAGAUUUUCAUCUUGUACUUCCUUGUAUCAUAUUAUUUGGUUUAAUUGGAAAUAUAUUAUCAUUAGUUACAAUUUUACAUUCAAGAUUAAGAAAAACAAAUGCCAGUGCUUAUCUAAUAGUUUUGACUGCAUCAGAUUCAUUGUUUCUUAUUACAUUACUUCUUGUAUUGUUUCAAAUUGAUUUCUAUAGUUUUUAUUCAUGCACAUUAAUUGAAUAUUUAUUAUCUACCUCGGCUUCAGUAUCUAGUUGGAGUAUAGCAGGAUUAACUAUUGAAAGAUUCUCUGCCAUUGUUUAUCCACUUAAACAUGUUACAUACGGUCAUAUUGACAGAUUUAAAAUGAUAAUUUUUUGGUUACCAAUACCAUUUUUGUAUAAUUUAAUAUAUUUUGUUGGUCUAGAGACAAAUGAAAUAGCAAAUGAUAGAAAAUGUAAAAUUACUGAUGGUAUUAGUGGAUCAAUUUUAAUGAUAAUCGAUAUUGCAUUAAAUUAUUUAUUUCCAUGUGUUACGGUAGUAGCAUUAAAUUUUUUAACAGCAUCAAAUAUUGGUUCAACAUCAAAUUAUUUUGGAAAUUAUAAUAAUACAAAAGAAAAAAGUAUAUUUUUAUCUGAAAAAAUUAAAAAAUCUAAGGCAAAUAUUUCAAAUAAUGUUACAGGAACUUGUUCAAAUAUAAAAACUUCCUCAAUUUAUGUGACUAGAAGAAGUAUUGGUAAUGGGAAAAAAAAUAUUGGUACUACAAGAAUAUUAUGGGUUGUUCCAUUUGUAUACAUCAUUCUUAAUACUCCAUAUUAUACUUUUCAAAUUAUAGAUCGUAUUUCUGAGGGUGCUGUGACAAAUUAUUUUUUAUACUCUAAAAAUCCAUUUCUUGUAAUAUUAAAUAAUGUAUUAUUAUAUUUAUAUUAUUUUAAUUUUGCAAGUGAUGUAUUAGUUUAUGCAUUUAGUUCCAAAAUGUUUCGUAAGACAGUUUUAAGUGUAUGGAAAAAAAUGACAUGUCAAAAAUUGUAUAAUGGUGUUAACUCAAAUAAUCAUUUCACUAAUUAUACUCGCUCACCAAGAAAGCCUUUAACAGAAAUAGAUGCAUCUGGAUUUAAUUCUAUUAGAAAAGAAAAUAUUUCUUGUUAUGAUAUUUAUUCUGAUAAAAAGAAAUGCCGACUAAAGAAUAAAAAUUAA